AUGCCGCCCUUAACUUCAUACCGCCCGACCGAGCCGCCCGAUUCUCCAGUGAACGACUCAGAUUCAGAUGUCGACCUAGACUUACAAGAAUUAGACCCUGCUACCUCGUCGCAUGCCCAGGCCUCUCGACUUCUUGGACAUAACCGCGGUUCUGAACAACGAGCGCCGCGGAUUGCAUUGAGAAAUAUUCGCAUGGGCGGUCUGAGACGGGUUGGGAAUCGAAGUCGCGGCUAUGGCGAGCUUGGCCGCAGUAGGGAUGGGAACGCUGACGCUGCGGGCUUGUUGGAGGAUGAUGGGCACGGACAACGCUACUCGGAUGGAAGCCGCCAUGCCGGCGACGAGGCCCCCCUUCUAGACGAAUACGCGCCUCGUCCCCAGAGACGGUCUUUCACCAGUAAUAGACUCCACAGCCUGGCUCAUCUCAGCUCGUCUUUCAGGCUGCCUAGCUUCAUGUCAAGUACUAGCUCGAAUCGACAUGACGAUGAUACGGUUCUUGAUAAUAGACAAGACGAUUCCUCGACGUCGAGAAUCGUUGCUGUUGGCUCCCCUCAAUCUAUACGUUACCCACCGAAUCUCGUCUCGAAUGCGAAGUACACAGCGCUCACAUUCCUUCCUAUCACUCUCUAUAACGAGUUUUCUUUCUUUUUUAACAUGUAUUUUCUUCUGGUUGCUCUAUCACAGGCUAUUUCAGCCCUGAGGAUAGGCUAUCUAUCUACAUAUAUUGCCCCGCUUGCAUUCGUUCUUGUCAUUACAAUGGGGAAGGAGGCGUAUGAUGAUAUAGAGCGCCGCCGCAGAGACAACGAGGCGAACUCAGAAGAAUAUAUUGUCCUGCAAUUCAGGGAGCCAGGCCAUGAGAAUACAGCUUCGCAUCGUUCCCGGAUUUCUAAGUCAGCGUUGUCACGGAAAGUCGGUCGCCAACCACUAGCCCAGAGGGACAGAUUGUCAGAUAUUCAGGAAGAAGAAGAGCAAGCCGAAGGUCAAGGCCUAGGCCAUCCCUCAUCCUUUGUUCAGGAGGUUAGCAAGAAAUCCCGGGAUCUCAAGGUCGGUGAUGUCCUCAAGCUCAGCAAAGGCCAGCGCGUUCCUGCUGAUGUUGUCAUCUUGAAAUGUUCCACGUUAGAGAGCCCACAGGCCCAGGCCCAGGAUCAUGAAGACGCCGGAUCGGAGUCAAUGCUGGUUAACCCUUUUGAGGCCGAUGAAGAUCAGAGCAAUGCUUCUCGCAGGAAUGGGAAGAGCCCUGAAUUUGUUGGUUCUGAUUCCUCUGAAGGUACGUCUUCUGGAGAAACAUUUAUUAGAACAGAUCAACUCGAUGGCGAAACGGACUGGAAACUUCGCCUUGCAUCCGUUCUAACUCAGAGUUUGCCCGUUGAGGAAUUUGUUCGCGUUAGGGUAAUGGGCGGAAAACCGGAUAAAAAGGUCAACGAAUUUGUUGGCAAGGUUGAACUAAUGGCAACAAAACGCGACGCCUUGAACAUACAGUCUGUUGAGAGCAGUAUGACCGAUAGGGGCCAUUCUGCUGCUUUGUCGAUUGAUAAUACUGCUUGGGCGAAUACUAUAAUCGCUUCCCAAGCGACCACUAUGGCCGUCAUCGUUUACACCGGACCGCAAACUCGGUCGGCACUUUCGACCUCAUUGUCACGAUCCAAGACGGGUUUGCUAGAAUACGAGAUCAACUCUCUAACAAAGAUACUUUGUGCGCUUACAUUGGCACUGUCCGUUAUUCUCGUGGCCUUGGAAGGAUUUAGCAAUACCGAAGGGAAUAUCUGGUACGUGAAGAUUAUGCGAUUUCUGGUAUUAUUUUCUACCAUUGUCCCGAUUAGUCUAAGGGUCAACCUUGACAUGGGAAAGAGUGUUUAUUCGUGGUUUAUUCAACGAGAUCCUGGUAUUCCGGGCGCGGUAGUCCGGACUAGCACGAUCCCAGAGGAUUUGGGGCGUAUCGAAUACUUGCUCAGUGACAAGACGGGUACUUUAACUCAAAAUGAGAUGGAAAUGAAAAAGAUUCACGUGGGCACUGUGUCUUACGCCAAUGAAGCAAUGGACGAAGUGGCGGCUUACGUCAGACACGGCUUCGUUGGGACCCCGAACGACAAUGCACUUGUUACCCCGUCGUCGUCUUACAAUAUGACGGCAGGUGUCACUGCGACCAGAACACGGCGGGAGAUCGGGUCCAGGGUCCGGGAUGUUGUUCUGGCUCUGGCUCUUUGUCACAAUGUGACUCCUACCGUUGAAGAAGAAAAUGGACGAAUAACCACUUCAUAUCAAGCUUCCUCUCCGGACGAAAUAGCUAUUGUACGAUGGACCGAAUCCGUUGGUCUCCGCCUCGCACAUCGAGACCGCAAGAAGAUGGUCCUUGAGUCAACCGAGACCGGGAAAGUUGUCGUGCAGGUUCAGAUUCUGGAUAUAUUCCCCUUUACUUCGGACGGCAAGCGUAUGGGUAUAAUUGUUCGAUUUCAAGAGCACUUGCAACCUUCUAGGUCAAGCUUGGAUAAUGGAGAGAUAUGGUUCUACCAGAAGGGUGCUGACACGGUGAUGGGAUCCAUUGUGGCUGCAAACGACUGGUUAGAUGAAGAGACGGCGAACAUGGCCCGAGAAGGCCUAAGGACUUUGGUGGUUGGACGAAAAAGACUGUCUGUAGGACAGUACCGGGACUUUUCGACCAGCUACCAGGAAGCUUCUUUGUCGAUCAGUGGCCGUGACGCAGCAAUGCAACGUGCGGUCACGGAAUUCCUUGAGAGGGAUCUCGAGCUCUUGGGAGUUACCGGCGUUGAGGACAAGCUCCAGAGAGAUGUAAAGCCAUCUCUGGAGUUACUUCGAAACGCCGGUAUCAAGAUAUGGAUGUUAACGGGUGACAAAGUCGAAACGGCGAGGUGUGUUGCUGUCAGUUCUAAACUUGUCGCAAGGGGUCAAUAUAUAUACACUGUCGCCAAACUAAAGCAUAAGGACAAUGCACAAGAUCAUCUCGACUUUCUCAGAAGCAAGACUGACGCAUGUCUACUCAUCGACGGCGAGAGCUUGAUGCUUUAUCUAACGCACUUUAGGGUCGAUUUUAUUUCAGUGGCCGUACGGUUGCCGACAGUCGUUGCUUGCAGGUGCUCACCCACGCAGAAGGCGGACAUUGCGAAACUCAUCAAAGAGUUCACUAAAAAGCGAGUUUGUUGCAUUGGUGAUGGUGGGAACGAUGUCUCUAUGAUCCAAGCCGCGGACGUGGGGGUUGGUAUCGUUGGUAAGGAAGGUCGACAGGCCAGUCUUGCAGCCGACUUCUCUAUCGAGCAAUUCUGCCACCUUACUAAAUUGCUGGUAUGGCACGGUCGAAACAGCUACAAGCGCAGCGCCAAGCUCGCUCAAUUUGUCAUCCAUCGUGGACUUAUAAUCGCCGUUUGUCAGACCAUGUACAGCAUUGCAAUCAAGUUUGAACCAGAGGGUUUGUAUAAGGAUUGGCUUCUCGUAGGAUAUGCCACUGUUUACACGGCAGCGCCAGUGCUUUCCCUCGUUCUGGACAAAGAUGUCGACGAGAACCUUGCAAACCUAUACCCCGAGCUCUACAAAGAACUUACGUCUGGCCGUUCCUUAUCUUACCGUACCUUUUUCGUCUGGGUCUUCGUGUCAAUAUACCAGGGCGGUAUGAUUCAGGGCCUUUCCCAAAUUCUCACCGAAGUCGAUGGUCCAAGGAUGGUGGCUGUUAGUUACACCGUCCUCAUCCUAAACGAACUCCUAAUGGUGACGAUUGAAAUCACAACCUGGCACCCAGUCAUGAUCAUGUGCAUCGUUGGGACAUUUCUUUUCUAUGUCGGAUCGAUGCCGUUUCUAGGCGGAUAUUUUGAUCUUGACUUUCUUCUCAGUUGGGGUUUUCUCUGGCGUGUAUUGGCCAUCGGUUCAAUCUCUUUGAUACCGCCGUACGCCGGGAAGCUGAUUAGGAGGACCAUGAAACCACCCUCAUAUAGAAAGGUACAGGGCAUAUGA